GCACAUUUGUGACAGCCAAGCAAGCAAGCAAGCAUCAACACGUACGAGUAUCCAUCACUAGCUAGCUUAGCUCACCAUCCGCUCUUAAAAUGGCGGCCUACUACAACGGCGGCAGGCCCAUGUCCUACUCCAACACCGAGGAGUCCUUCGACGGCGGCAGGACCAUGUACUCCACCACCACCGAGGAGUGCUACGACGCUGCCAAGCUCGGCCAUGGUACCGGCUAUGGCCACGGUCAGAGCCAUGGCAAUGGCGGGACCAACAUGUACUUCAACAACACUGGGGUCGACUCCAGCAUGUACGGGCAUGGCGGCGGCGGUGGCAGGACCGUGUACACCACCACCACCGACGAGUGCUUCGACUCCGUCAGGCCCGGGUAUGGGCAGGGUCACGGCUACGGGCAGAACAACGGUGGGACCAUGUCGUACACCACCACCACCGAGUCCUUCGGCGGAGGCGACCAGGGGCAGGGGUACUACAAGAAGGAAGUGACACAGCACAAGAAUAUGGAGCGCGUCGGCGAGGCCGGCGCCCUCGCCGCCGGUGCCUUCUCCCUGUAUGAGGGGUAUGAGGCGAAGAAGGACCCGGCGCACGCGCGGAAGCACCAGAUCGAGGCCGGCCUGGCAGGGGUGGCGGCGGCCGGCGCCGGUGGCUACGCGUACCACGAGCACCGCGAGCAGAAGCAGCCUAGCUACGGCGGAAAGCAGGUGUACAGGAUGCCCGUUCACAACAGCUACUGCAACUAAGUAAUCAUGCAUGCAACCAACGUCGAUCUAUCCUAUAGAUUCCAAUAAGAUCGAUAGAGAAUAUCAUGCUGCAGGCAUGCAUGCCUUUGCUUAAGCACUCUUAAUUUCGGCGUCCCUACAAUAAGCCAGCUGCAAGCGUGCGUGCUGCCGCUCACGUGUGUGUCUGGCAUAGUAUGGUCGCCAAUAUGUACGUGUGUAAUGUGAUCUAAAACAUCAUUAUUAAUACUAGUCGUCAACCCGUGCAUCUGCACAGGCUUGGAA